GCUGGUGCAAAGCAUCAGUCCCUGCAGAAUGGUGUGCCUGGAAGGGAGCGAGAUGCUACCGUGUGUGUUUGCAUUAUAUGAGGCAGCCAAGGCUGUGCCCCCCCAGUAUGACAAGUCAGCAAAAAGACGUGUUGUGUGACCACUUCAUCAGGUGAUAAUGCGGGAUCACACGUCCGGUGCUAAUGUGGAGGAGCUGCUGAGACACUCUCAGAUGGAGUUGCAGUGGAUCCAGAGACAGCUGACUACGAUCAAUGCCAGGAACCAUCAGCACGUACACAGCAAGGCCAAGUCAAAACUGGAGGCUUCAUCUCAUCAAAAUGUGAGCCGCUUUCGCCUCCUAGAUGAGAGAAAUCGAGUUUUGAGACAGGAAGUGGCCGCGCUACGCCAAGAGAAGCAGCAGUACCGCAAACUGAGAGCAAAGCUUCAUGUGGCUUUGCAGGAAAAAAAUCGUCUGAACCUCGAACUGAUCGGCCGUCACCUGAAGGCAUCCAAGUAUGACCAGGUACAGUCGGACUUCAAGCAGCUGAAAGACACGCUCGCUGUCGUCAGCCAAGAAAGAGACGCGGCCCAGCAGCAGCGCAGCCGACUUCAAGGAAAAGUGGAGAACCUGGAAGAGGUUUUAAAGCAUAUGCACGAGACUGUCGAGCGAAAGCAGCGGCCGCAGAUAGAGCAUGAGCAGGCCUUGGUGGCCCUUCACAGCAAGCAGAAGGAGAUCCAUCAGUUGCAAAAGGCCCGGCUUCAAGCUGACCAGGACCAUGAGCAAGCAGUACACCUGUUAGAGCAAAAUAAGGGCAGAAUGUUUCAGGUCAAGAUUUGUGACCUGGAGCAGAAAUGCAGGUCACAGAGUGAACACUUCCAUCAGCUGUCCAAAGAGCUGCUGAAUUUCCGUUUACAAUCUCAUCCCGCCGAGAUCCUCCCUGUUAAAUCCCCCUCCAAAUCUCAUCGUAUCCACGCAGCAGAGGGGGGCCUCCCAAAAGCCGUCAUUGGAUUUGAAACCCAGACGGAAGAAGCAGGCAAUGAGAGCGCGCCAAACGCACCACCACUGAUCUCCCAGUUCUUGCAGUGCCCACAGCAGACUGGAGACAGGGGAGGACCGCAUUGGCCGUCUGUCAAGUCCCGCACUGUGAAAGCGGACCACACCGGCUGCCCCCAGCGGCUGACCCCGUCAGAGAUGGAGGAUGAACCGAGCCCAUCGCCCCGGUCCAAGCCUCGAUACACAGGCCAGGUCCGCCUUUGCACUGCCCGAUACAGUUAUAACCCCUACGAUGGACCAAACGAGCACCCGGAAGCAGAGCUCCCCCUUGUGGCUGGGAAGUAUUUGUACGUGUACGGCAACAUGGAUGACGACGGAUUCUAUGAGGGGGAGCUCCUGGAUGGUCAGCGAGGACUCGUCCCUUCCAACUUUGUUGAGUUCGUCCAAGACAAGGAGAAGCUGGACGGUGGGGAAGACCUUGGGUCCGUGGAGCAUACACCCCUCGCCUUGAUGGCGGUGGACGGAGGUGGCGGCCAGGAUGGUCUCCUGGGAUCGUCCAAUGCCUUGGUUCCCUGUAGCAACGGGACAGUGGGGCCCUUGGACCCGGAGGACUUGGCUGAAGACGUUGUGCCUUAUCCUCGUAAGAUCACGCUGAUCAAGCAGCUGGCGCGAAGCGUCAUCGUGGCCUGGGAGCCUCCGUUUGUGCCUUUGGGCUGGGGGAACAUCUCUGGCUACAACGUGUUUGUGGACGGCGAGCUACGUGCCAGUAUACAGUACGGUGGACGCACCAAGUCCUUGCUGGAGAAACUAGACCUGGACGGCUGUGUUCACCGCGUGUCCGUGCAGUGCGUCACCGACCGCGGUGUGUCGGACGAGCUGCGCUGCACUUUAUUGGUGGGCGCCAACGUGGUGGUGGCUCCUUGCGGCCUCCGGGUGGACGACAUCCAGCGGGACACGGCCGAACUGUCCUGGUUGCCUAGUAACAGUAACUAUGGUCACACCGUGUUCUUGGACGGGGUCGAGCACGCGGUGCUGAAGGCGGGCAGGUACAGACUACGCUUCUUCAACCUGAAGCCGCUGACGGUGUACAAAGUGACGGUGGCCGCCCAGCCCCACCAGGUGCCAUGGCAACUGCCUUUGGAGCAGAGGGAGAGGAAGGAAGCUGGAGUGGAGUUCUGCACUCAGGCUGCAGGUCCAACACCGUAUUGCAGAACAGGACCACCCCUGCCUCCGCAAGACGUACAGGUGCUCUGUGGGCAGGCACCCGGGGUGCUGCAGGUACGCUGGAAGCCCCCCCUGCUUUCACCCACAGGCACGUCCAACGGAGCCAACGUCAUCGGUUACGCCGUCUGCACGAAAGGACAGAGGAUAGCAGAGGUGAUGUUCCCCAUGGCCGACUACGUGACUGUGGAGCUGACAAGGAUCCAGUGCCUGGAGGCCAGGGAGGUCAUCGUGAGGACGCUGUCCGCACAGGGAGAGUCCCAGGACUCCCACAUCGCCGCCAUUCCAAACAACCUGCUCGUGCCUCUACCUCCACUCCCCCUGCCGGCGCCAAUGCACCCCCACCCCCAACAACCUCAUCUUACGUCCCCUCACCUCCCUCACGGCACCCCCCAGCUUCCCGCGCCACAGGCCCAAACCCACGGGACACCACUCAUACCGCACCCGCAUCCUCAGCCCCACCCGCGGCUGUCUCACCCCGGCGUGCCACCCCAGGGUCGACCUCCUCAUCCUCAGGCCCUCCACCCUCUUCACCAAGGUCCAAGGCUACAGCACCGACUGCCUCUGCAGCCCCACCCUCACCCCCACCCGGUACCUCAGAGACCAGUAAGUGCCAGAGACCUGGAUGCCAAAGAGCAAGCCGCCCACCACGGGGCAGCUGUCCCGCCCGGUCCACUCGGCUGGGACGCCGUGCGCUCCCCUUCUUCCCAGCCACCUGUCCCCAUGCAAGGCCACACCCUGGAGGCCCCUCCCCAUGGCAAUCCACGCUCACCCUCCCCACAGAGGAUUCUGCCACAGCCUCGAGGCACUCUUGUUCCGGACAACGUUGCCAAAGCCAUCGCUCGGGAAGCGGCACAGAGGGUGGCGGCGGAGAGUGGCAAGGGGGAGCGGAGGCCUGCCGGCUAUGGCGAGCAGGGCCAGACGUUCCAGCAGCAUCACUCGGAUGAGGAGGAGGAGGACGAGGAAGGGUUCCCGCGUCGCCGACGAAGAGGACCUUCGGUUGAUGAGUUCCUCCGAGGCUCUGAGUUAGGACGGCCGCCUCACUAUAGUCACAAUGAAGAGUAUCACAGCGAGAGCAGCCGCGGCUCUGACCUGUCUGACAUCAUGGAGGAGGAUGAGGAGGAGCUGUACUCAGAGAUGCAGCUGGACGAGGGACGCCGACGCAACUCGCACAACACACCCAAGUCCAACGCUCCCUCGGGAGGCCGUCGAGAGCGGGACAGCGGAAGGAGGAUCCAUCAGGGCGGUCCGCAGCCUCAGAGACGACCUCUCAUGGUCCCUGCCAUUGAUGGCUACAGGGAUCGUCACUCCCCCACUUACUUUGACGAGUCGGAGCCGGAGGAGACCUUCCGGGUGUUUGUGGCUCUCUUCGACUACGACCCUCUGUCCAUGUCCCCCAACCCCGACGCAGCUGACGAGGAGUUACCUUUCAAGGAGGGCCAAAUCAUCAGGAUAUAUGGAGAUAAAGACACAGAUGGCUUUUACAGAGGAGAAGUUCGAGGCAGGAUGGGUCUGAUCCCGUGUAACAUGGUGUCCGAAAUACGUGCAGAGGAUGACGAGACAAUGGACCAGCUCAUCAAACAGGGCUUCCUGCCUCUCAGCACCCCGGUGGACAGAAUAGAGCAGAACAGGAGAGGUCUUCGUCGAGGUGAGGCCUCCAGGAGGAUGGUGGCGUUGUACGACUACGACCCUCGAGAGAGCUCGCCCAAUGUUGAUGUUGAGGCUGAGCUGACCUUCUGCACGGGUGACAUCAUCGCCGUGUUUGGCGACAUUGAUGAAGAUGGCUUCUAUUAUGGCGAGAUCAAUGGCCACCGCGGCUUGGUCCCCUCCAACUUCCUGGAAGAAGUGCCUGAUGACGUGGAGGUGUAUCUGACCGAUACACCCUCCAACUUGCCCCCCGAGGAUCCCACCAACCGGCCCCCGGCCGCCAACUCGGCCGCCCCCGUCCCGGAGGCCAAACGGAUUGCCACCGAUCCCGCCGUGGACAGCGCCGCCACGCCCGUUCGUGCGCCGUCCCCCAUCAUUCGCCCACUGCUGCCCGGCACCAUGCGACCCCUCAGCCCCACCCGGGGACCCCUCCACGUACCCCUGGAUUCCCGCGAAGCCCAAGAUUUAGCCAACAAGAAGAAGAAAGGACUCCUCUCCAAGGGGAAGAAGUUACUGAAGCGUUUGUCGCCUGCCAAGUAGAUGAUCUUCGAUGUACAGUAUAGCCCCGCCCCCUGUUUAUUUCCAACACUUAUCAUUCACGUCUUCUGUCAUUCCAAAGUAUCGUGCCAACACAUGAGAGAAGUGCACCGCAAAAACAUGACUGUGAUGUAUUUCCCAUCAGACAUGCUUUUAUCAUGUGUGUUUGAAUCCAUCAUCAAACACCAAACUACUGCCUGUUAGAAGGACAACAUGAACAUGACACGCCUCGCCUCCUUCAAGCACUUUGGUCCAUAACGAUUUGGAUAACGACACAAUUUCUUAUCAUGUUGUCUUCAAGCACCGUUCUUGUCCCCCAGAAGGGACUCGUCUUAUAUUUGGCGUCUACAGAAUUUUCCCCAGGCCACUCACAUCUUGACAGCCAGUCAGCAGAGAUUUAUUUGAUUAUUUAUUAUUUUUUUUAUGUUGUAUGUUUUUUUUUUUAUUUUUUUGCUUUAAUUUGUAACAUUUUUUUAAAUAAUUUUAUUUUGUAUUUUUUAUAUUAUUUGUUUAUAUAUGUAUUUAUUUAUUCUGAUGCUAAUUGUAAGAUAAUAGCGAUCAAUGAAGCAGUGUCUCCACUUAACUGUUAUACCAUAUCCUUUACUUUUUACCUUAAAUAAUGUGUCCCUAAAUGGACCAUGGAGAAAAAAAGGUCCUUGAAAAGAGGUGAUCGUCUUAUAUUUGGGAUUGUCUUAUAUGCAAUUGAAGGCUGUUUUAGUGGCUGAGUGGUUAGCACGUCAGCUACACAGUCAGGACAUUGGGAAGCGGUUUGCGGCAGCUUGACAAAAAUCAAUAAAACAAAACAAAAAAAAUCACUUAUCAGAGUGUAGACAUUACAUUACAUUCAAUGCAUUUAGCUUGAGGCUAUGUACACCACAAACACUAGAAUUUACGAGUUUGUCCUGAAGUCUACUUCCAAAAAGAGGUGAAAUUAAAUGAAAUUGUAUCAUUGUCUAAAUAUUUAUGGACCAAAUUUUUUUUUUUUUUUUGUAGAGUGGGGGUCAAAAGAAGUAAUGAAAUGUUUAAUUCAAUGCAAAAUGUUGUGUCUUAUAUAUGUUUUUAAUUUCUUGCACCUUAGUACUCUUAUUUUUUUUUUUUAAUGAUUUACUUUCCUGAAGGUGAGGCACUCAUCUGUUGUCUCAUCAUGUUAAUAAACUAAAGGCCACGCUAAAAACCUCGUAUAGAAAAAUGGACAAAUCAAAAGAAUUACUAACUUUUCAUGUUUUUCUAGCUGAUAUUUACAGUAUGUACAGAUGACAUUUGUACUGUAUUUACACACCAUAAGGACUAUACACCAUGUUACACAGCUAUCAGCUUGUAUUUGUAUAUUUGAAAUAUGGUUGUCAGUUUAUUAUAAAUCAAGUAAAAUUAUUGCCAAAUAAUAAUAUUAACUUACUAACAUCUACAAUCAAUACAAACAAUUUAUAUCAGUAAGGUAGAUAUUCCACCUCCAAAGUCAAAAUAGGGUAUGGAUGCUAUAAAAACAUUUGAACAAUUUACCAACUUUUGCAUUUUAUUUGUAUUUUCUUUGUUUUUGCUUGAGUUUAAUUUAAUUCACUAUCAGUCUAUUUCCCAUUCAUAUAUAGGUAGAAACAGUACGGCUGUCAUAUAUUCACUUAUGAAUGGGUAAUUUUUUGUCUCUUUUCUACUUGGAUCCAUUUGUAGAUCAUUUUUAAAUGUUUCUACUUGAUUUUACGACAGCCUUUUUUUCCAGUGCACUGAGAUUAAAAAAAAGCAAACAACACACAAAAGACUACAUUUCCCAUGGUGUCCUUUGGAGUCAGAUGUGUAGUUCACCGUAUGUGCUAUGUUUGUGAACCAAAAAAAAAGGAAAAAAUAUUGGACAGUAUUUAUGGUGAUUAUGUGUGGGUGUGCAUGUGAAAAAACUUUUAUAACCAAAUUAAAAUUUGAUAUUUUCGAGAAAAAAAAUGUCUGGAUUU